UGAAAGACACGUGAGAGGACCUCCGUCCGUCCGUCAGUCUGCUGCUAGCCACGGUACUUCCUGAACGGCCAUGACCUCCGUGUGGUGCGCAUUGAUACUUCUUUGGCUCGCGGUGGCCGGCUCUGCAGAGGACGGACGCCGACGAGCUGGGGGCUCGUGUCGGGAAGCGGGCCUCUGCUGUCCGGGACGCGACGGUUCCUGUGUGGUGCAGAAGACCGCCGUCAAUGCCAUAGUGGAAGACCUGAAUGACAAGCCGUGCUUCUGCGACCACGCUUGCCUCCAGCUUGGGGACUGCUGUUAUGAUUUCAAGGAGUCUUGUGGAGUGAUCGACUGUGCAAUGACGGAAUGGGGCCCGUGGUCAGAAUGCGACGCCGACUGUGGACCCGGCGUUAUGAGUCGUGAGAGAACCAUACUGAGGAACCCGCGAAACGGCGGAUCACCCUGCCAGGAACUACUCCAAAAACGCGGCUGCUACGGUUCAAGAUGCGACAGCAGACCAGAAGACAAGCUACAUCGCGAGUCGGCUCUGCUGCUGCCCGUUUCAUUCUCCCAGGUCCGUUCUAUGAACGACAGCUACGACAUCCGUCAGAACCUCAAGUUUCUACCAAAGAGCGAGCUUAGCAAGGAGAGCAAUGGAAACCCUAAGCCGUACCUGGUCCUCUUUGAAGUGUCAAAGGCUCGCAAGGCCUGUGAGUCCCUGGAGCACUUCAACUUCCUCAAAGCUGGGCAGCAAGUGUGCGUCUCCUGCGAGUCUACGGCCAUGCGAAAGCACCUGGGCAGAUGCGCCGGUCACGGGGUAGACGGCCGAGCUUCCCGUUUCGCAGCACUGGGCCACCUGCAGUGCCACGGUCGAUGGGUCCGUACGUCCCGCGUAGACCGCUGCCCCCAUGGUCGACAACCCGACUUCAUUUUUGUCUAGUCAAUUCAGUUUCUGGAGCAUAUUUGUGACUGUUGGUGCUUCGCAUAAUGCCUCCGUACAUGAUUCUAUACUUGGACCAAAAGAGCAAGUAUAGUGUUUAAAACAGUGGCAUUGUAUUUUCACCCUAGUAUUAUGCUAGUAUGACGCCGAGAGUCCCGUGUGUAUGUGUGCGUUUUUUUGUUUUUUGUUUUUUUUGUUGUUGUUGUGGUACUCCAUGAUACGCCUGUACUUCGUUCAUCCUGCUGGCAGGAAACAAGAGCUUUAUAAGCUAUACAAGCUUUACAAGCUAUCCUGGUGAAGAGGGAACACAUUAUGUACUACAAAAUGUGCUUUAAUUAGCGCAGCAAACCAUAAUUGAAUCGUACGCUGAAUUCAGACAGCAUAAAAAAGAAAAACAAAGAGAAAUGCAGCUUUCGUAAGGAAAAGAAAAAAAAAAGGAAAAGAAGUGAGACACAGUUCUGAUGUGGAGCUGUACCGAUUGAAGUCCUUCUGAAAUGCACUGAGCCGAACCGUGGAUCUCUACCAAUAAUAGUGUUACGAUUUUGCCUAAUCUUCAUAAAGCCAGUCUUGCUCGGCGCAGAGUUUUGACGACGUACACUUUAACGAGUGUGUGAGCUCCCCUGUGUGUGAUACGUGAGUGACACUAACAUACAUAUUAAAUACUGGAACCACUAUUAAAUGCUUUUAGAGACAGAUUUAUGUUAUUUGUGCGGAGUGCCAUCACAUCCGCUAUUGUUAGUACUGUACCCACCCCACUUUCGCUUUGUGGACAUUCACUGAAUACUUUGGUUGCCUAUUAUCGAAACAAUGCUGUACAACAUCUACACAAAUUCCUUUGCAUAUUACAAUGUUCCACUAUGUGCAGGCACGAUUGCACAUACAUGCAAUACUUGGGACAUUUAUUCUGAAAGGAUAUAUUAAAUCUAACACUCUGCUACUACCAUCUUCUCACAUAUUUAAAUUGGCGCACUCAAAAUAUAGUGUGUGGGAGACCUCGUAAAUGCUCCUACAGUGCGUGUUGUCCGAGAUGGAAUGUGUGUCACAUUUCAUGCACACUGUCUUUCUAUUCGAAACUUUACAGCACCUGCAUGGCAGUAAAAAAAAAAAAAGUUAAAUCCAGAAAGUGAAAUUUGUUUUAUGAAAAUCUUGGGCAAAAUUUCCUUUUCUGCAUUUUUCUACUUUCUGUCUCACGACAGUGUGCACAAGAGUUUCUUAGCUACGUUUCUUCCAGUUGGUGGGAAGCAUAUUUCUGUACUGUAAAUGAUCCGUGUUUGCUUUUGGACAUAUCCGACAAACCCUGAAAUAAAGUCAACCCCAGUUUUUGA